AUAAAAGAGAAGGUGUCGCACCGAAAUGUAUCAUUCAGGAAUCGUCUUCCCAGAAUACCACCAACCCCAAAAUGAAAUUCGUUGUCUUGGCUCUCGCUCUCAUCGGCGCUGCUUCAGCCGGUUACGUCGCUCCUUUGGGAGGACUCGGUUAUAGUGCAUGGGGACAUGGUGCCACUGUUGCUCCACUUGCUGCCGCUGGAUGGGGACAUGCCGCCGUUACCCCAAUCGCUAGUGCCUACCAUGCUCCAGCUGUAACUGCUGCCCCAGUUGUUAGCGCCUAUCAUGCUGCCCCAGUUGCUGCCUACAGUGCUCCAGCUGUAGCUGCUUAUGGACACGGAAUCGCUGCCGGAUAUGCCGCUCCAGCCUGGGGAUAUGGUGGUCUCUGGAAGAAGAAGGCUGCUGCUUAAAUUGUAAUGGACCUGGCCGAUGUAAUAAAAUAAGUAGAAAUCAACAAA